CACCAGUCUGAUUCUGUUCCUGCAUGUUUUUAUGUACUGUAGCAAAUUCGUUUAAAUAAUGUAUGCUUUUUGACAAAAUAGAAGUACUAGCCAGAGUCCAUUAUGCUGUACUUAAAAACGGGUCUAAAUGUAUGCAUACGCUGUUUUACAGAGAAAUCUGUAUGGAGACGAGGACUGUCUACUACACAAAUGGUAGGAGAGAAUCUUACAAUGAUGCUUUUCCUCAGAUCUGUCAAGAACAAACCUUGCCCAUCAAACGAUAUUGUCACAUAUUCCUCAUACACAGAAGGGUGCUGUAUUUCUUUUACAAUUCCAUUACUGUCCAGCUGCCUUCAUAAGAUGUGGUGGAGUAAGAGGGCUGUUUGGAGGAGGCCGUGGCAAUGUUCGUCAGCAGACUCUGGAGGACAUUGCAGAAAACAUCAGAGAGCGCAAGUUCAAAAGAAUAGUGGUGAUGGCAGGGGCAGGUAUCAGCACACCCAGUGGAAUCCCAGACUUCAGAACGCCUGGCAGCGGUCUUUAUGACAACCUUCAACAGUACAAUCUGCCUUAUGCUGAGGCCAUAUUUGAAAUAAAUUACUUUCAUCACAAUCCAAACCCUUUUUUCGCUCUUGCCAAAGAGCUUUAUCCUGGUAAUUACCAACCCAAUCUGACGCACUACUUCAUUCGUCUGCUUCAUGAUAAGGGACAACUACUCAGGAUGUACACACAAAACAUUGAUGGACUAGAGCGAAUGGCUGGCAUCCCUCCAAAGAUGUUGGUGGAGGCACAUGGAACAUUUGCCACAGCCACAUGCACAGUUUGCAGACAGAAUUACAAGGGAGAGGAACUCAGGAAUGAUAUCAUGGAAGGAACAAUACCCAAAUGCCCUACUUGUAAAGGAAUCAUCAAGCCUGACAUUGUGUUCUUUGGUGAGGAGCUCCCUCAGCAAUUCUUCACCUACCUUACAGACUUCCCAAUAGCAGACUUACUGAUUGUCAUGGGAACAUCUCUAGAGGUGGAGCCCUUCGCCAGCUUGGCUGGUGCCGUGCGUGGUUCUGUGUCACGGCUUUUGAUAAAUCGAGAUCUUGUGGGGCCGUUUGCUUGGGGGUCCCAACGUCACAAUGACGUGGCUGAGCUGGGUGACGUGGUGAGUGGGGUAAAAAAGCUGGUGGAGCUCCUUGGUUGGAAGCAGGAAUUAGAAGUCCUAAUGAAUGUUGGCGGAGAAAGGAAGCAGUCUAUAUAAAUGUUUGUUCUCAUUUCAAAGGCCUAAAAACUAGAGAUACAGUAUCUGAAGAUUUCCCUUCAUUUUCUAUAGACAGUGAACAAGGAGGAGUGAGCAAAUAAAUUUCAUUUUGACAUGGGAUCUGGAGACCCAGAAUGGGACUGAUUGUUGCUCAGCCCUUUGGAAAGCCCAGUGAGUGACUUCUGUCUCAGUUGUCAGCAAGCCCUGACGGGACUGGGUUUCAUUUGUUGACAAGGUGUACUUGAAUAUACUGGGUUGAGCAUAAAGGCAAUGUGGUAAUUCACAAGCACUAUUUAAAAUAAUGAGUACAAUAAUGUAGCUGACAAUCUUUGUUUAGCUGGCUGGUAUUCGUCAUGUUAAACAAACAAUAUGACUGUGUGGUAUGAUUAAUUCAUUGUGUAACUAACGGUGGUUCUGAGAUUGAGUGGCAUUCAGCUGGUCAGUUGAUCUCAUUAGGGAAAACCACUCUGAUGAACAAUAAAAGCUUUUUCUAAGUUCGGAGUCUUUAUCUUGUGUGAGUGUGUAGGAUUUGUAUCAUAUUUGUCAAAUGUAGUAUUCAGUUCUUUAUAAUUAUAAAUGUGACAUUAUCAAAGUACCUUAACAUACAACAUUUAUAGGAAAGUUUUAAGACUUCUGGCUUUAAAUACUUUACCCUGAGUGAUUGUCAAGCACACGGCAAGGCUGUUCUCAGUAAGCUCGCUGUUUAAUUGCUUUUUGAUUCCCAAAAUUGUGUUGCAUUUUCCCCCCAACGGGUCAUGUCACACUAAAACAAUCUAGAAUGUUACAUAUGAAAUAUGUUGCAUCAAAUCUGCAUUACAGGCUUUUGAAAGGCACUUAUGUGUGGGGAAAAUAUAUGAUUGUCACUGCAUUAGAGUAGAUAUGAAAAUGUCAAACCAAGUGCAAUUAUUGUAAAGACAGAACAAGCUAAACUUUGAUAGACAUGCUGUUCAUUGAAGAUUGAAAAAGAGAUUUAAAUAUUUUCUGAUAUGUCAAUAUAGAGGAAUAUGUCUAUAAUUAAUGUGAUAAUUUACACCUGGUGGUUACUCUGUUAGGGUACCUACUGUAAGUGAACUUGUAGGGAAAUUGCUCCCUAUUACAUUAUAUACUGCACUGUUUAUUUGAGGGGACAGCCAUUUGUAAUGGUGUCCAAAAUCAUAGUGGAUAUUAUCGAGUGCACUCAUUCAGUCUCAUAAUGCAACGCAGUGACGAGUGUACAGCUAAUGUGCACUCAGUGGCUAGCCGCUAGAGAAUACUCAUGAACUGAGGGUUACGCUGAAAAAAUUCCCAUGUCUGAGAAAAAGAUGGCUUUCACAGCCUUUUUCACUUAGUUUCUGAAUUUAUCCAUUACUUUUUAUUCACUACUUCAAGUGCACUAUAUUAGUGGAGUAAUGUAGCUUAGAAGAUAUUAAGCAAGCAUAUGGGUGAUUUUGGACACAACAGGGAAGAGAAGAAAUUGUUAAAUAAAGUUGUUAUUUUUGCACACAAAAAGUAUUCUUGUAGGUUCAUAAAAUUAAGGUUGAACCACUGAUGUCCCAUGGGCUAUUGUAAUGACGUCCUUACCUUUCUGGGCCAUGAAAGUGGUAGGACCAUUGCUGUCUAUGCAGGGUCAGAAAGCUCUCAGAUUUCUUAAAAAAUAUCUUAAUUUUUUUUUCUGAAGAACGAAGGUCUUACAGGUUUGGAACAACAUGAGGUUGAGUAAUUAAAAGAAGUAGUUCACUUCAGAACAAAAAUUUAUAGAUAAGGUACUUACCAGGUUGUCAUCCA